CUUCCUUUCCCUUCUGAUCCUGACAGCAUACAACCACAACCACAAUCAGACCCAUUCACAGCCCGUACGAUGCCUCACAAACGUGCUAAACGAUCCAUCCGAGAGGAAGAGAAGAAAAAGAUUGGCUUCAACAAUGUACCCAAGACGACCAACGUCGGCGGAUACGUCGAAGACACUCCGAAAGGAGCUUCCCGGAUCUUGAACUCGUUACAAACCCAGGCGGCUUAUCGGGAACGUAAAAACGGCGGUGGAAGUGGGGAGGCUGGGCCUUCUUCUGGCCGGAAAAGUGGCAGUGGUACCGGCACAUCCACCACGACGAGUAAAUCGAAAACAAAAGCCAAACCGACCGGACUGCCCAAGAUCCUCCCCGGCGAAUCCCUCGGAGACUUUAACCGUCGGAUAGAAGAUCAUCUCCGUCCAGAAGUAUCCCAAGCGAUCAAGAACGCUGCUGCGGUCAAGGCCGCUCAGGAGAAAGCGGUCUGGCAGGAAAAGAAGGCGAACAGGGAGGCAGCCAAGGAGGCUAGGAGGCGGAAAGAGAGGGGGGAGACGGGCCCGGUGGAAAAGAGUGGGAGUGGGAACGGGGAAGGCAAUGGGGUGGCAGGAAAGGGAAAGAGAAAAGCGACGAUCUUGGACGAUACCGACAACGAGGAGGAGGAUGAUGUCAACCCGGCUGGCGGCAGAUCAUCGUCUUCGACCAAGAAACCCAAAAUGACGGAAUUCGCUACCCUCUCCCAACGACGCUCUGUCAACGACGUCGUCCAAGCUCCGCCGCAACUUCCCGGCCUGAAACGUUCCGGUUUGAAGAAACCCGCUACGAGCGCUUUCUCGGCGACGGGCAGGACGCCGUUGAAUCCAGGGCAAAAGAGGCUGAUGGAAGAGGAGCGGGAGAGGGUCAUCAAGAGGUAUAGGGAGAUGAAGGAGGAAAAGCUGGCUCAGAGACAGGGUCAGAGUGAGCGGAGUUGAAUCCAUGGACGUAUGGUCAUCCUUGAGCGAAUUGGGGAUCGAGUUGUAUCUGUAUAAUGCACGAGGAUAGCCUCUAUGGUCGUCCUGUAGGUAUUGAACCGCGAUCAUGCUCGGUUAUAUACAACGUGAAGACGAACAACA